CUCAGCGUAACAUUGUUGGUUCCUCAUAACAUUGUAAAUCUGUUGUCGUGUGAAUAUUGAACCAGUACACAGCUCCACAUUCAGGUUUAUUACGACCAAAGCUGUCGUAAGGUGGUUUACAUUAUCGCUAAAGCCCCAUAGACAGAACGUUUAAGAAACUGUGACUGUAAACAAUGCUAUGAAGAGGAGUGAAGGUUCCGGUUGAGACAGAAACAUCAAGAGGACGAGCUGAAAGAAGGCGCUCUGCUGUGUUUUCACGGAGGUUCCGUCUUCUAUGGAGUCUCUCAACUCUUUUGAAUCUGAGAUGGAGGCUGAUGUGCAGGGAAACUACUCUCUGUUUCCAGCUCUGGACAGCAUCGCAAGUCUGUCUGGAAGCGGUGAAACUUUGGAGAGUGAACCACCAAGUGAAAUAGCAGAAAAGCCAAACCUUACAUGGCUCGAUGCUGCACAGAUUGUUUUAGAAGAAGCUGGGCGUCCCAUGCAUAUAAAAGAAAUCAAACAGAGAAUCAUCGACAGGGGACUUGUUCAAUCCAAUGCAAAAUCAAGUUUGGAGGCAGUUAUGUAUCGUGAGACACAAAAAGGCAGCAGGAGAUUCAAGAGGAUUGAGAACAGAAACGGAGUCUUUGCCUUGCUGACUGAUGAGCAGCGGCAGCAGGCUCUACAAGCCUUUGCUGCGCAGUCUUUCCUCGGCUCUCCACAUCAAAACACCAUUUCCAGUUCUGGAUCAGGCGCCUCUGGCCCCGCCUUCCCAUCUCCCACCAGUUCCUCAGGGCGUAAGACAAAGAUGAAGAGAGGUCCGAGGAAAACCCAAAAUGAGAAGUACCGACUUAAGUACCUCAGACUGCGUAAAGCUGCUCGUGCCAUGAUAUUUGAGAAUGCAGCUCUCUGUGAUGAAGUCGCUCACUUAGAAGAGAAGUUUUUAAGAGCAAAGGAGGAGCGGAGGUUUUUACUGAAGUCGUUGUUGCAGUACCAAACUUUUUCAGAGGGAGAGAUACUACCAACACCUGGCACAAGCUCUCACCCAGUUGUCCCACCCGUGGCAUUAACCUCAGGUCCUGCUGGGGGUUCGGGCCAAUCCGGGGGUCAGAACCAUGUGUCAGUGGGUUCAACGGGGGAAGAGGGAGCUCUUAAAAAACCAAAGAAGGAAAGGAAAGAGCGGGGCAGGGAAAAUGGAAAGGAAGAAAUUCCAAAGAAGAUGUCAAAGAAGAGAAAGCUGGCAGACGGUUCACGGAAGCUGGUGCAGCCCAUCUCUCUGGACUCGUGUGGUCGUCCUGUCUUCCCCAUCGUCCUGGGAGGUUUAACAGUCUACAGUCUGGGAGAGAUCAUCACAGACAGAAUGUUGUUCCAUGAUGAGUGUGCCAUCUAUCCGGUGGGCUUCUGCAGCACAAGGGUCUUUGCCAGCAAGAAGAACCCUGACCAGCAGUGCCUCUACACCUGCCAGAUCAAGGAUGGGGGAGCAGGACCACAGUUUGAGAUUGUACCUGAAGAAGAUCCUCAGAAUGCCAUCGUUGCCUCCUCUGCCCUGACGUGUCACUCCAACCUUCUGAAGGCCGUUGCAUCUGUCAGCUCCAGGUCUGUGGUGCCAAUCAUGCCAUCAGGAGCUGACUUCUUUGGCUUUUCACACCCCACAAUCCAGAACCUUAUCCAGAGCUGCCCUGGAGCACGCAAAUGUAGCAACUAUCGGUGGAUACGUUUUGAGGUGUGUCGCCCUGGGGACGGCCAGGUUCCUCACAGCCUAUCAGAGGAUGACGCCUCGGUCAACUUUGAGGCCUAUCAGAGACACCAGGGCUUUGAGGAGAACAUCAAGACUGAGCACAUACCAGGACAGAUGGCACAGUCUCCUAGCUCUGCUCAUCAACACCACCUGAUGUCCCCUACAGUGAAGACCUCCGCCUCAUAUUUCAGCCCCUGAUUCUGAAAACUCUGCUGAAUUAAGAUAAACAUGAUUGCCACCCCUUUGAACCAUCAGUCUCAUUUAAUCAAUGUCAAUCAAUUCACAAUGUGUGUUAUUUCCCUCUUUUGGUACAGUAGUCCAGACAGUAAAAGGAGUACAGUAAAUCGAAUCAAUGUGGUUCAGCGCUCAUAAUUAUCAGGGUGCGUCAGAGAGCAUUACUUAGGAUGUAUGCAAAUAUUAUUAAUUCUUGUAAAUUAGAUGUGGCUGCUGAGUUAGCCUUGAACUCAUGCCAAAAGCAACAUUAACACAACACUUCUGUAUUGAAACAUAUAAGCCAUGUGUGUAUAAAGA